AUGGUUCUGGCAGGGGAAACAGCGACCAGGAUGGACGAGGAGUAUCUGAGACAGUUGGAGGUGCAGCGUGCGGCGUUUGAGGCCCAGUUUGGGUCGCUUGAGAGCAUGGGCUUUGAAGAUAAAACCAAGACCGAGGUUGUAGAAGAAGAAGAUAGUGAGAGCGAAGAGGAGCAAAGUUCGGGCAGUGAGUCGUUCCAUGGAUUCAGCGAGGAGGAGGAGGGAAGCCAGGAUGAGGAAAGUCAAGAGGAGGAGGAACAACAGCUGAGAGAAGUUGAAGUUGAAAGGCAACGCAGAGGCCCCAAGGUGGUGAAGUUCCAGGAAACCGAAACCGAUUACAAGCCCAGCAAGAAGGAGCAACGACUAAUACGAAGCGGGAAAGUGCCCACCCUGCAGGCGAUCGAGAAGGCAAGUGCGAGUGCCAAUGCCAAUGCCAAUGACAGCGACUCCGACCCCGACCAGGAACAGGAGAACCUGCGCAACGACAUCGAGCUCCAACGGUUCCUCAAGGAAUCGCACCUCAUCAGCGCGUUCCAAACGGACAAAAACACCAUCCACGACUCCGAAUUGCACGGCAAGGCCCGCGCACGGACCUUGGAGACCAGACUCCAGUCGCUCUCGGCCACGAACGCCGUCAAACAGCGCACGCUCGAGACCGUCCCCAUGAACAUCCGCAAGGGCAUGGUCAAGAAGCACAAGGAACGGAUCACCAAGUACGAAUCGGAAGCACGUGACGCCGGCACUGUGUUGUCACGUGUUUCGCGCGGCGAGUUCCGCCGGAUCGACGCGACGUACAAGAAGGACAUCGAGCGGCGUAUCGGGCGGCACACUGCCGCGGGCAAGCGCGCGCAGGCUGGCGGCCGGGGCGGCCGCUCGGGCCCCAAGAGAGACUUUGGGCUCAAGGUGCAGACGGUGGGCCGCAGCACGCGCAACGGUUUGAAGUUGAGCGCGGCGGAUAUCGCCAAGAUCCGGGGCAAAUAG